UUACCAACUGUAAAAACAGAUAGUCAUUGAGCCGCUUGCGUAAAAACAGUUGUCAGUUGAGACGUUUGAGUAAAACAGUUUGCCUAAGCUAGAGGUGAAACAAUGUUCUGUACUGUCGCUUUAAGAGCCCAAGACAGGAACUGUUACGGCUUGACACCAUUAGCCUUAGCUUUUAAAGUCGACACAGCGCACACUCAUAUCGACCAACAAGUGUCAUUUUACAAUGUCUAAUCCCAAUCCUGGAGAAGGUUCCGGCAUGGAGCAAGGGAACCGGCGCCUCCAACAGACUCAGGCCCAAGUGGACGAGGUGGUGGACAUCAUGCGUGUUAACGUGGAUAAGGUGCUGGAGCGUGACCAGAAGCUAUCUGAACUGGAUGACAGAGCCGAUGCACUACAGGCAGGAGCUUCCCAGUUUGAAACCAGCGCUGCCAAGCUCAAGAGGAAGUUCUGGUGGAAGAACUGCAAGAUGUGGGCCAUCCUAAUAGCAGUCUUAAUCAUCAUCGUGAUCACCAUUAUCAUUUGGAACUACUCGUAAAGAUGUACCAACAGGAACAUGGGGAGAGAAGUAAAUGUAGAAUGAAUGCCAGAUGAUGACAGUCAUACUGUUAUUGCAAUAACUUCUCCCCUAAUGGAAGGUCUUUAUCGUGUGUGUGUGUGUGUGUGUUCGCGCGUGUGUGUGUGUGCCGGUAUAAUAUAUAUAUAUCUAAUAAGGUGACCCUGCCAAGCAAUUCUACUUUCUAGGUUUGCCAUUGUAUUUCACACCUACAAUUCUCAGCUUAUCGUUUUUCAGUUGGUGAACUGCAAGUCAUACCAACUCUAGCUACAAGACAGGUGCCAUAACUUUAUCGUAUUGUGAUUUUGAGCGUUUAAUAAGGUUCAAAUGCAAUAUACAUUGUUGGUUGAAGAUGAUGUUCAACUAGUCAUUACAGGCCAGCCACACACACACACCGUUUCAUAAGGACUAGACGUGCAGAGCAAUGUUUUUAAACUGCCCCAACAUUUAUUUUAUUUUUAUCAAGAUAUUUUUGUUUGAGUUUUUGUGCUAGGUAGAGACAAGUGCCUUUGGGAUAUGCUUUGUUGUUGCUGGGUUAUGGCCACAACUGUUCAGAUUACGAUAGCUUUCACUGUAACAAUGGUUCUCAUAUCAAUACAUUGAUGUCCCAUCCAAAGGGUUUUUCCCCAUAAUGCUUGUAUAGAAAUAUACCGGUAUUUUUGAAACCAGUGAUAACACGCCUUGUGCUUAAUUGCAAUGCCUUUUUAAAGACUUUUAUAAGGCAUUGUUUGUGCUGAAACGGUUUCUGUUAGAAUGAAUAUGUGCCAAUAUACAUUUUAGUCAAAAGAUCACCACAGAUCACCUUGAAGAAUUUCUAAUGGCUAAUCUACCAGUCAAGGCUUUUGAAUGGUAUUGGGUUUAAUCAGUGCUGCCUGCAUGGGUUAUCUUGAGGUCAUUCCAUUCCACGCAAAUGUAUAUUUUUGAGUCAAUAAUGCCCUAGACCCUCCAGCAAAAGGAUAACUUCAUUGAUAUCUUUCCUCCAAUAACAAAUAUUAAGCACAUUAGAAUAGUAUUGGGUAUAUCUAGUUAGCAUGUAGUCUAUUAACAUCAAAUAUUGUAGUUUUGUUUUAAACCAAUAUAUUGUUUCCUUGGUUAUGUUUGUAUUACAAAGCCAUUGUUCAGCACCACGCGGGUUUCGGAGACAACACUGUGUUAUACAACCUAAAAUAACUGUUGCCAUGCUGUGCUAAUGCUUAAAAUAUUGACUCUAUUUAAAUUGUUUUUUCUUUAGUGACAUUAUUAGCACUUCAUUGAAAUUGUCCCUUUUAUGGUAAUUGAUAUGAAGAAGAGUAUGAGCUCUAUUGAAUAGCUUAUUUCAUCUACUAAGAAAAGGACACAUUUCUAAACGAGGCUUCUGGAGAUUUGAUAACCAAGCGAAAAACAUUUGUAUAAAAUUAUGUAUAGAAUAAUAAGUGUUCUACCUUAGCAGAUGCUUAGUCCAACUUCAAUCCUUGCUUGUCAAAUUUGUUUUGUGUAUAUUUAAAGUGCAACUCUACUAUUUGACCUUUGUUUUGCUUGAAUAAAAUUGAUAUACUUUUAUCA